CGGGCAUCUUACUUUAGCAGGACCGCCACAGGCACGAUGCAGACAGGAAAGAAAGCCGACGACGACGCGGUCGUUGUAAUCCUGAGCGACAGCUCAGAUUCGCCCGGGCGUGCAACGUCGUCCAAGCAACCAACAAAUCCUCGAACUACCGGGCAGCCGGGAGUGGCCAGCGGGACAGGACACAGACAUCAGCCGCGUCAUGCCGUGCCGUCGCGGUUCGCAGCUAUUGAUAUGCCGGGCGCACCGGAGAUGGGAGCAGGAACGAAUGCUGCUGAACAAGAACCUCUCUUACAACAAGCCAAGGUAAAAAGCGAGCAAUUAUCGGGAGGUCCGUCCUCUACAACCACUGACUCGCACCGUCGAGAAAGAACUGCGACAAAUACCCUCGUGGUGGAGAACCAAGAAAUAAAUGCAACAUUACAAGAACCACCCGAAGUACAACAUCAGCAACAGCCGCAGACCGAGGAAGCACCAGAGCUGGUGAGAAUCAAGCACGACCCGUUUGCGGAGGUGGUCGGUGGAGAGGAGGGCGAGGAGGACUUCCUCCUCGGGGAUUUCAUUUUCGACCUUGACGACGGCGAGGACCUGUUUUUGCAGUCCGGCGAAGAUGAGGAACAGCCAGGAGACACCGCGGCAGAUAAAAACGGUCUUGUCGGUGAAGAGCAAGAACUGGCUCAUCAUGGCGUGAACCACAGCGAAGAUCAGGAGGAGAUGGAAAGAAACCGUGGUACAACUCAUCCGAUCGUCAGAAUCAAGCAGGAACUACAGCAGCCGCGGGUGAAACAAGAGCUUCCGGCCAGCGAGGAAGAGGAACAGCAGGCACCACAAGCGCAGCACAC